AUGCUGGCUUCUGGUCAAAUAGCUGCACAAGUCAACGGCACUUACACCGAAAUAUCCUUGCAAACCUUUGCCGAUCGCGUCAUCGUCCUUAUCACUCAGCUAGGGAAAGUGGGCAAUUUGACCCAGGCAUCCAUUCCACAAACAACACCACUACCAUCCGUCGAGAUUUUUGUUCAGACAACGUCUGAAGGCGAAGCCCAGCUUCCGACACCCCCCGCAGCUAUCCAACUCACACCUUUGCUUGGUUAUCCACCUUCUAACCAUCUGCAAACGUUACAUGCACUCUACGUAUCUCAUGUGGCUACCUUGGUGUGGAUGGUUGAAGUAACAGGCGCACUGUCGUCUAAUCGAAGGAGUGUGAUUGUCGGUGUUGCCCUUCAACCCCAGGCAAACCCAAGUGAAAAUGGACUAAGCUCACAGGAGAGGGAAACUUUCCUGGGGAUCAUGGAUUUGUUCCAAACCACUUUGAGCUCUACGCUCCAGAAGUAA